ACCAACAGAUACCAGAUCGAAACUGCUCCGGAUGCGAGCAGUGCUGCAUGGACUACGAAGGAUGGAUCCAGUUCCAGCAAGGACUCUACCAAAUCGUCCGAGAUCCACUCUUCGAACUGGCAAUAACUGUUUGUAUAGUACUCAAUACGAUGUUUCUAGCGAUGGAACAUCACGGCAUGAGUGAAUCAGUGCUCAGAGCGUUAGACAUAGGCAAUAAGAGGAUCGAGGUGACACCUGUUACGGUCGCUGUGGGUCCCAAGGAAAUAAAAGUCAUCAAAUGCAACGGAGUGGGGAGCUGUAAGAAGAAAGAAAUGUACACGUUGCAGCCGGAUUAUCUGUCACAUAUUGUCCUACGAGUUCUGAAAUUGGCUCAGUCGUGGAUUACAAUGAAGGUUCUUCUCAGCAUAAUAAUAAGUACGAUUGGGGCUCUGGGUAACCUCACUUUCGUUUUGGUGAUAGUUAUCUAUAUAUUCGCAGUGAUAGGCAUGCAGCUAUUCGCUAAGGACUACACCGAGGAAAAGUUUUUUCCCGAUCCCAUCCCAAGGUGGAACUUCACAGAUUUUUUUCAUUCAUUCAUGAUGAUUUUUCGAAUAUUGUGUGGUGAAUGGAUCGAACCUCUUUGGGAUUGUAUGAGAGUCACUCCCGGAACAUGUUUAGCGGUGUUUCUUCCAACCCUAGUGAUGGGUAACUUCAUGGUUCUCAACUUGUUCUUGGCUCUGUUACUCAAUAGCUUCAAUUCAGAGGAACUCAAGACAAGGAAGGAGGUAUAUGAUACUUUUUUUGAACUUCAAGAAGUUGGCGAUGAAUCCAAAUUAGCACAGAGUUUUCAAAGGAUACGUGAUCUGGUACGCAAGCGCCGAAUGGCUGAACAGGAUCAGAACGAAAACAACUCUCGUCUGGAGCAAAUAGUCCGGGAGGUCAUGCAGAGACAUGCUGAAGAGGAGGCAUUCAGAAAUGCAGAGAAAUCAGCGAGAUCAGUGCAACAGAUUGGAUUCCCAAGAGACAAACGCAGUUACCAGGAAGCCAUGAAUAGGCCGAUUUCCAUAAUUAGUUACGAACCUCCUGAAUAUCAGGAAAAACCACCUGAAAGUGAAAAAAGUAACAGGAGCUCCAAACUCUACUCUAGUUUAUUGACCACAUCUGAAGAAAGUGGAACACCAACGACUGAGAAGAAGAAGAAUGACACAAAACGUCUUUGCAACAUGUCUUCUGAAUUAGGAACGACGAAUAGCAGCAAAGAUGAAACUACAAAUCUGAUCGCAAAAAGCAAUAACCGCACUUCAACCGAGUCCGAAAACGAAGAUGCUAACGACGGAAGAAAGAAAAUCUGUGAUAAAAAUAACGAAGCAAGGGGUGGUGAUAUGCCUUGGCAGACGUUGGUUUCGUACGUAGACGAACUAACCGUGGGAGGAAGGAGGAACUCCAAAGGACAAUACAUUGACGGAAUGGGGACUUUUCCGGGGUUUGGAAAGAAGAAGCCCCCCAGGGCAGCACCCGAUUGUUUCCCUUCAAAUUUUUAUGAAAGGUGUACCUGUUUGAAUAGAUGUACGGAAACGAAAAUAGGCCAAAAAUGGAUAAACCUGAGAAAAUUAAUUUUGAGCGUUGUUGACACAUCAGGAUUCGAAUGGUUUAUACUGGUGUUGAUAUUCGCAUCGAGUGUCACCUUGUGUUUCGAAGACAUUCACCUGGACGAAAAUCCAGAUUUGAAAAGUGUACUCUACUGGACGAAUCUAGCCUUCUCGAUAAUAUUCAUAAUCGAAAUGUUCCUAAAAUGGAUUGCCUUGGGAUUCUACGAAUACUUUACCAGUUUUUGGACGCUGCUGGAUUUUUUAAUAGUGUUCGUGUCGUUAUUCAGUUUGUUGAUAGAAGAAAACGAAAACUUGAAAGUGCUUCGCUCAUUGAGGACUUUGAGGGCGCUCAGGCCUCUGCGAGCUAUAAGCAGGUGGCAAGGGAUGAGGAUCGUGGUGAACGCCCUCAUGUACGCCAUUCCGAGCAUCUUCAACGUCCUGCUGGUGUGCCUUGUAUUCUGGCUGAUAUUUUCCAUCAUGGGCGUUCAGUUUUUCAGCGGGAAGUUUUAUAAAUGCGUCGAUGACGAAGGCGAAAGGCUAGAUAUAAGUGUUGUAGAGAAUAAAUGGGAGUGUGAAAACCAGAACUACACGUGGAUGAACUCCAAAAUAUCUUUCGAUCACGUGGGAGUGGCUUACCUGGCGUUAUUUCAAGUUGCAACCUUCGAAGGAUGGAUGGAGGUCAUGGCAGAUGCAGUGGAUGCGAGAGGGGUAGAUUUGCAGCCACAAAGGGAGGCAAACCUUUACGCCUACAUUUAUUUCGUUAUUUUCAUAGUUUGCGGUUCCUUCUUCACUCUCAACCUAUUCAUUGGAGUCAUCAUUGACAAUUUCAACAUGCUGAAGAAGAAGUAUGAAGGCGGAGUGUUAGAAAUGUUCCUGACCGAAAGCCAGAAACAUUAUUACACGGCGAUGAAGAAACUUGGCAGAAAGAAGCCGCAGAAAGUGAUAAAGAGACCUAUGAAUCAGUUCUUGGCUAUGUUCUACGACUUGUCGAACUCUAGGCGUUUCGAAAUCGCCAUUUUUGUGUUGAUUUUUUUGAACAUGUUGAGUAUGGGAAUAGAACAUUACGGACAACCGCAUUCUGUUUUCUUCGUUUUAGAAGUCAGCAAUGCGUUUUUCACUACUGUUUUCAGUUUAGAAGCGAUAGUGAAAAUAAUAGGACUACGUUAUCAUUACUUCACCGUUCCAUGGAAUGUUUUCGACUUCUUGUUGGUUUUGGCUUCCAUUCUUGGCAUUCUCAUGGAAGACAUCAUGAUAGACUUUCCUGUUUCCCCAACCCUUCUUCGAGUAGUUAGAGUUUUUAGGAUAGGAAGAAUUUUACGAUUAAUUAAGGCUGCCAAGGGUAUCAGAAAACUCCUGUUCGCUCUAAUAGUCUCUCUACCGGCGCUCUUCAAUAUCGGCGCCCUGCUCGCCCUCAUCACCUUCAUCUACGCCAUCAUCGGGAUGUUUCUCUUCGGCCACGUCCGGCAGCAGGGGGCGCUCGACGACAUGGUGAACUUUCAAACGUUUGGCAGGUCGAUGCACCUCCUUUUCCGCCUCAUCACCUCGGCGGGGUGGAACGACGUCCUAGAAUCUCUCAUGAUCGAGUACCCGGACUGCGAUCCCCACUACAGGAAUCAGAGCAAUGGCGAUUGCGGAUACCCGCUGCUGGCCAUAAUAUACUUCACGAGCUUCAUCAUCAUCAAUUACAUGAUAGUUAUCAAUAUGUAUAUAGCGAUUAUUCUUGAGAAUUUCAACCAAGCUCACCAGGAGGAGGAGAUCGGCAUCGUCGAGGACGAUCUGGAGAUGUUCUACAUUCGGUGGAGCAAGUACGAUCCUCACGCCACUCAGUUCAUCCGAUUUACCCAGCUCUCAGACUUCAUAGCUUCUCUUGAUCCUCCACUGGGCAUUUCAAAGCCGUUCAGGCGUAAGAAAGAGAGAGAACGAGAAGCCGAAGAGAUAGACGAGACGACGCAAACUUCAUCGCCGGGAGGCGGUUGGCAGGGCCGGCUGUCAGCUUUCUUGCACGUACAUCGAGGGAGUCGCGCGUCUUCUCGCAAAUCCUCGAGGGCGUCCGACGCGAGCGACCUCAGCGAACUCGGCGGCCCUUGGCUGAACCUGCCGCUGCUGUUGCUCUCCAGCGCCACCAACAUGUCCCCGGAGGAGUUGGAUUUGACGCGCGACGCCGCCGAUGUCAGCAUCAAAGUCAGCGAAGCGAGUCCGGAGGCUGCUACCACCCCCGUUACUCCUACGCCUCAAAGUCAGCCACGCAGGCGCAGCAUCUACAACUUCCCCUUCUUCUUGCGGCAAGACGCCGUCGAGAACCCCGACGAGAAAUCUUCGCCAUUGCUCGGCCGCAAAGACGCCAAAACCCCCAGUACCCCACAGAGCCUCCAUCCGGGUACUUCGGACGAUGCGAAACCCAAAAGAGGCAGCAUAAUACGAAGGAAGCGCGUCGGGUCCGUCAAAGCUCGGCCAACGUCAGUAGCCCCUUCGGGAGGCUGUCACAGGUCGCAAUCGGAGAAAUGCAGCAGUACCGAUGUUAGCAUUCUCGUCACCGAGCCUUCCCCCGAGAACAACUUGACACGCCCUCCUCUGAAUAGACAGAACAGUGAAGCGACUGUUGUGCAAGUUUUAGUUCAUAGAGAAAGCGAAGAGUACAAUAACGAAGAAGAAGAGGAACUCAGAGUGCCUCCGGCGGCGGAGAGUGUUUCUGCCCCAAGCGAUGUUUCGACUGAUGUAGUUAUAGACUUAAACGGUAGGGAAUCGACUAGCUGAUCCUAGGAGAAUGGGCUGUAAUAUAAUUACGAUUAAGCUAAGUAGGGAACUAGAGCAUAUUGUAUCGAUCAGAUUCAAUCUAAGACAAUCAGUAGGGAUAUCGGUAGUCUUUGGGUCAGGUCACUUUUGUUGGGCUGAUUACAAGUUCCUAAUUAUCUCGAAUAGUUUUCCGUAGAAGACAAGUAGGUCUUCUGCUCUGUUGAUAUUUUGUCUGAGGAAAGACAAAUUGAGUCUUUCUCUUUUCCAAUUUCUUUAUCGUUGUUAUCUUCAAGUGGAAUAGAUUGGUAGGAAUAGAAACUUUUUUUCAUUAGGAAUAAAAAACUCUUUUCUAUUAUAAACAAAAGAAGUCAAUUUUACCAUGAGGAGCAUUUUUGGGUCCAAAUUGACUAAUA